CGUCCAGCAACUACAGAGCAGCGACAGCAUCUUGGCUAGUUACCCAGUUGACCUACUUGGUUGGGCCCAACAUUAUCCGGUAGUUAACUUAGCGCGAAUUAACUCAGUUCCCACUUCCGUGGACUUUCUUCUCCAUCUCAACCGCAAGAGUCAACUGUUUGUAUUCCUCCAAAGAACUCGGAUUCACUCAAAGCCUCGUUAACCCCGCCACCCUGGAAGAUGGUGUAAUCAGCAGUUACUCUGUAUUGCCCUCAGAAUGGCCGGUAGCUAGCCAAGAAAGAUAAGCUAGGGUUCUCCAUAUUUAUUAGACAUUGGAGCUGCUGAUAGGAAGGGGAGGUGAUGCGAUGUCGCAAGGAGUCGCCCUCCAACUUCGUGAGCUUCCCAGUAGCCUGUUCUCUAUGGCCCAUCGAGGGGCGAACGCAUGCGACCGGGUUGUUGCACCCACCACAAUAAUAAAGCCAGUAUCGGGAACCAACAACGGACGAGAGUUGGAAAACUUGGCCGGCUGUCCCUGUGAUCGGUGAUGGCGGUUCUUGGAUACCCUCCACGGCGAUGAUCAAAUCAGAUACCGGGAAAAGAACCCUAUCUCGAUUACUCUGUGUAGAUCCACCGUUGGGGGAACGGUUUCCAAAAGUUUGCGCAAGUAGCUCGACGACGACAGUGGACGGCGACGGGGGAAGAUGACCGGGUCCACCAACAUGAUAACGAGCGAUAUUGAUCGCGGACAAGUCCAGUCCUCUGCUAGUGUCAUUGGGUAACAUGCAGAUGUCAUACUAGGAGCUGCCAUCUUGGGCGGAGAAUCUCUCCCGGGCAAGAUCACAUCGAGCGUGGGGAAAACCUCUCCUCCCCCGUAUAAAUACUUCCAGGGCAGCAGAUGAAUCUCUCACCUUGUCUCCCCCUCUCUUCAUCUCUGCUAUGUCAUCGCCGUCUCAGACGAACUACAAUCAAUCAGCAUAGACGACUUGAUCCCGAUCGACAGCUUCCUCCUUCUUGCAGCGUGUGCACUCCGCCCGGGGAACUGCGACCGCGGCCAGAGUAUAGAGUAUAUAUCUUGUCCAUUCUGAUACAUUUCCUUGUUUGAUAUGUGCCUUCUUUCACCAACCUCGGAUCAAAUAUGGAUGUUCUAUCAAAUUCAAAAAUUGCGCAUUAUGUCUCCAAGCUGGAGGUUAGAUAUGAGGCUGGCUUGUCUACCGGACAGCUCAUGCUGGUGAACGAUGAUUUGAAACCAGUUAAACCGGAGCAUCGACGAUGGGGUCCUUGGAACUAUGUUCGCUUCUGGAUCGCGGACUCCUUCAAUAUCGUGGGUCAAAACAAACGCGAAUCAUUUUCAUGAGAAAUCUACUGUGAGAACUCGCAGAGUAUGCUGAACCGAUUUUCUAAUCCCAGAACACAUGGAUGAUCUCGUCCGCGAUGAUCGUCGAAGGUUUGUCGUGGUGGCAGUCCUGGAUUUGCGUGUGGUUUGGAUACUUCAUUGCUGCUGUGUUUCUGUGCCUGAGUGCGCGAAUCGGUGCAGUGUAUCACAUAUCUUUCCCAGUGGGUAUCAGGGCGUCGUUUGGGGUAUGGGGCUCCAUGUGGCCUGUCUUUAACCGGGCAGCCAUGGCAUGUAUCUGGUAUGGUGUGCAGUCGUGGAUUGGAGGCCAAUGUGUUACGCUGAUGAUUAGAUCCAUAUGGUCUAGCUAUAAGGACUUGCCAAAUAGCAUGCCAGCUAGUUCGGGAACAACCACGAGAGACUUCUUGAGCUUCUUUCUGUUUUCACUCUGCAGUCUUCCCGCCAUCUGGUUCCCAGUGCAUAAGAUCCGCCAUCUCUUCACCAUCAAAUCUUACUACGCGCCAAUGGCUGGCAUCGUUUUCCUUGCUUGGUCCGUCCACCGUGCAAGUGGACUCGGCCCUGUUGUUGACCAACAGCAUACUGUCCAAGGCAGCAAAUUGGCCUGGGCAGUGAUAAAGGGAGUAAUGUCUUCAAUCGCCAACUUCGCUACGCUUAUCGUCAACUCGCUCGACUUUUCAAGGGUUGCUAGGAAGCCAAAGGAUGCCUUGUACUCUCAACUAUUCACGAUACCCAUCAGUUUUGCAAUCACAUCAUUCAUCGGGAUUAUCGUGUCAUCCUCGUCAGGUGUGAUUUAUGAAGAGCCUAUUUGGAACCCACUUGAUAUUUUAGGUAGAUUUCUCGACGGCGCGAGCAAAGGGGAAAGGUUUGGGGUCUUUAUCAUCUCCAGUGCCUUUGCUCUAGCACAGCUAGGAACAAAUAUUGCGGCCAACUCGAUAUCGGCGGGAACCGAUAUGACCGCCCUCUUCCCCCGGUUCCUCAGUAUUCGCCGGGGCGGGUAUAUCUGCGCAACCGUUGGUUUCGCUAUGUGUCCCUGGCAUCUCCUCUCCAGCUCGAACAGCUUUACCACAUACCUUUCCGCCUACUCCGUCUUUCUUUCCUCCAUUGCAGGCCCAAUGAUUUGCGACUACUAUCUUGUUCGCAAGGGUUACAUCGACGUAAAAGAACUCUACAGCGCCCGCAAGCGUAGUCCCUAUUACUAUGUCUUUGGCUUCUCCUGGCACGCUUACGCGUCCUACUUCUCCGGGAUUCUCAUCAACAUCGUCGGCUUCGUCGGUGCUGUUGGCAUCACAGUACCCGUUGGAGCCACCUAUUUCUACAAUCUAAAUUUCUUCUGCGGCUUCUUCAUUUCCUUUGCGAUGUAUUAUAUCCUCACGAGGAUUUGGCCAAUCCCAGCGACGAGCAAGACAUGGAAUGAGAGGGAUAUCGAUGUCACGAAUCUGUCUGUGGCGUAUAACCAAGGAGAAGCGCUUAGUAUUGAUGAGGAGUCCCAGUCAAGAUCUCCGUCGUCGCCUGUGGAUGACGAUCUGGAUAUCGAUGUGAAAAGUGGACGAGGCCGGGUUGAUGUGAAAGGGUUUGGGGGGAAUUUCUAAUGAACGGGAUAGAGGUGUGGGAACUAUGAAUAAUGAGGUGUUUUCUUAAGUAAUUCCACUUGGGGGAUGGAUACCUGCAGUUUUUUCUUCAGUUGUAUUGUUUAUUUCUUUCUGAUUUUUUUUCCUCUUCUCUUUUAUCUGCUCCUUUAAUUUAAUGUCGACAGCACCCCAGACAAAUUGACCUAUAUAGACUAAACGUCUUUUUAAAAUUGCAUUGAAUCUUCUUUGUUUUGAAGAACAUUAUGCUACCUCAGACUUACUUUGAAAAACUGAUUGUUUAAUAAUAAUACCUAUAUUGAUCUCAAGAUGCAUA